GAUGCAAGGGCGGAGAUUGAGUGCUGUCGACAUGCCUGGUCGGACAUUCCACGGAGCAACGGGCCAUUGACUGCCGAAGUGCUGUCGGACGAUUAUAGUUCACGGAGUUUUUUUCCUGGCUCCUCGCGGCGCGCGUCGUGGUGCACCUCGGAGGCGAGCAGACGUCUCGGCAAGGGCCCCGCUGCCAGAAGACCAGGACAUGCAAGUCAGACACGGAGAGCAAUCUCCGCCCAUCAAGGCCUGUACGCAUAAGGGAACCCCUUCUCCUCCCGGAUCAGCAGAGCGUGCAGCCAACGCCCCCUUGGCUCAGCCACAUUACUUUGCUGCACCCAAACUCCACUGCCCAAACACUCAUCAAUACAGGGUUCUGGAACACUCUGCCUCUGGAGCAAUCUGGCUCUGGAGCGAACAUACAUUGUCCCUCUGGAGCCUGCCGCCUGAUUCCCUUAGACCGGACCAUUGUUCUGUGUGUUGUCCUCGCCGCAUCCUCCCACCACCGUUCAUAGACCGCUCGCCUCGACCUGCAGCAACCCACUGGCGCUUUUGCUUGUUGACAUUGGCGGCCCGCUCUCCAAGGUCGACUUACGAACGCCCCUUCAUUACGAUCCACACCCUCACAGCUUCACCGUUGGCAUCCUUUUCCAUAGGCCGACCGAAGUAGCACCUCAGUCUCACUCUUCGUCCUCCUCUUCCAGCUACCUGGUACACCCAUCUUUCCUCCCUUCCAUCAUUGACAUCCCCCUCUCGCUGCA